AUGAGUUCGCAUUUGAAGGAAUCUCCGUCGCUGAGCAUCCUCGUGCUUGAUUCCACAUCUCGCAAUCAAUUCUUGAGGCAUAUGAAGAGCACUGUCGAGUACAUGCGACAGCUUGGUUUUAUUUUUCUUGAAGAUGAGGUGAAUAUUUCAGAGAGAGGCUGUGUGACAAUGUUAAAUGAUGAUAUAAUGGACGUACGUCGAGGUUUAUUUCAUUAUCCAAAUGAAUCUUUUAUCGGAUUCAAACAACCACCAACACACUUCUACUAUCGCCCAUUUCAUCUGUUCAAUACCCGUCAUUCAGUUGUACCUAAAAACAUAACACAACUAUUCAGGACUUCAUUACAACGUUUGUUUGCUGAAGGACUGAUGAAGAAUACAAUAUUUGUGAUAAUGGGUGAUCACGGAAAUCGCAUAGCUUCCAUUCAACGUUCGUACGUUGGUAGAAUCGAAGAACGUGCACCAUUGUUCAGUAUUCGGUUACCUCAAGGAUAUGCUGCUCGGAAUAAGGAAAAAAUCGCUAAUUUAUUGGCAAACACAAAGAGGCAUAUGCUUAAAACUUGUUAUGCACUAACUGUCAUUAGUACAAAGCACUUACUCUACCGAAAUAUCAAUUGCAACAACAGAACAUCAGGCGUGAGUUUGUUGGAUGAGCGAGUCGACAAGCGAAGAUCAUGCGACGAUGCUGGAAUACCACCAAAUUUUUGUCUCUGUAUGGAAAAUCGAAAAAUGAGUCGAAUGAACAAGUUGUUCUCAUUAUGCCGUCUUUUCCUCACAUUCUUUCUCGAGUUCAUCAAGUGCUUUUCUUUCUUUACAUACGUAAAAACGAAAAGCACUUGA